AAAAAAUGAUGCCUUCCGAGAAAAUAAUGUUUUGUUAAAAAAAAAAAAAAAAGCAAGAGACAACCUUUGAGAAAAGAUAACUAUUUUGUGUUCAUCACUUCGAACUAGUCCCCUCAUUUUACGGCAGAACUGGAGGAGGCAACUUUCUUUUUAGUUUUCUCUCGCAUCCGAAACUACCCUUGUUCCGAAACAAAACUAACAAAUGCUCAUUGCGAGGAUUAGGGGUAUUCCUGUAAUGAUGACUGGCUAGCAGUGCUUACAAUGAUGGAUCAUGAGCACGAUUAGAAACCUGUGGGACUUGUUAGUUGGUACGUGAUUUGAUUUUUAGUUACGAGCGAUAUUACUACUAUAAGCUACACUAAAGGGGAGAGGAGGAGGGCUUGAACCGGAAACUGUUUGAAGGCAAUUGGUACAAGAUUUAGCUUUUAGUUACGAGUGAUAUUACUACUAUAAGCUACGCUAAAGGAGAGGAGGAGGGUUUGAACCCGAAACUCCGGACGUAGCGGUUUGAAGCAGUCCACCACUUGCAACUUGGUCUUGGUGGGUCGAGGGCAUUCAAGUAGCGAAGCAUAAAUCAGUUCCGUCUCGUUCGCAACUUUUGCUGCUAGAAAAGGCAGUUGCAUUAUGCAGACCCCUAAAGCAAGAAGUGGCUCCUCUGAAGUGCCUCAAAGGGUUUCUCCUCCUCAAAAGGUGUCUCCUUCCCAAAAGGUCUCCCCUCGAGUUGCUCGCCAACUCAGGCCAACUGCAUUGGAGACUACUGACUCUGCAUCUACUUCAAGUCAAGCUAAAAGAGCAACUAAAGAUAGAAGCCCAAAAGUCACUGAGCGUCGGUCACCCAGAAGUCCAGUGUUUGAGAAGAAGGGCCCAAGUAGAAUAUCCGAGUUGCAAUCUCAGAUUUCUCAGCUCCAAGAGGAUCUGAAGAAAGCAAAGAACGAGCUGCAAUCUUCUGAAUCAUGCAAGAAGCAAGCUCAGCAAGAUGCCGAGGAGUCCAAGAAGCAAGUACUGGCCUUGUCCUCAAAGCUCGAAGAAUCCCAGCUGCUGCUUCCUGAGCUUUCUAUUUCUGAGGAAGCUCGUGUUAUCAAGCUCCACAAGAUUUCACAAGAAAGAGACCAAGCGUGGCAGUCCGAGCUUGAGACUGUGCAGAAGCAGCACUCAGUUGACUCAGCUGCCUUGGCAUCUGCUGUUGAUGAGAUUGAGAGGCUUAAGGCGCAGCUUGAAGUGGUGGCUGCAUCUGAGGCUGAUCAGAUAAAGCAUGCAGAAUCAUCAAAUGCUCAGCUUCAAAUCUUGAAAGAAAACUUGGCUGAAACACUUUCUCUUGUGGAGAACAUGAAAACACAAUUAAAGGACUCUAAGGAAUCCGAGGCUCAAGCACAAGCAAUGGUUAGUGAAACCCUACUGCAGCUGGAGUCCGCGAGAACAACAAUGGAGGCACUCAGGUUAGAUGGCACGAAAUCGACAGAAGCUUACAAGUCCAUUGCUUCAGAGUUAGAUCAGUCAAAGGCACGUGUAAAUUUACUAGAAGAACUUGUUGGCAAACUCAAGGCUGACCUGAUUAAUGCAAGCAGCAACGUUUCACAAAAUCAGGCUGGUAAAAAUGAGCUUCAGCAAAAAUUUGAAGAAAAGCAAGAGACUAUGGAGCCAAACCAGACUGAGGCAGAACUUCAAGACUUGAAGUCCGAAGUGGCACGGCUAAGAUCUAGUCUUGAAACUGCUGAGACCAAAUACCAUGAAGAACAAAUUCAGAGCACCGUGCAGCUAAGAAGUGCUCAUGAACUGGUGGAGCAGAUAAAAUCUGCAUCUAGUCAGAGAGAGGGGGAACUGGAAGCAUUAUUGACGAAAACCAAGGCUGAAGUUGAAGAGUUGAAGGCCCACCUGAUGGACAAGGAAACUGAAUUACAAGGCAUUACAGAGGAGAAUGAGGGGCUCAAUUCGAAGCUUGAAAAGAGCCUGUCAUGCCAGAGAGAGUAUGAACUGGAAAAGGAAUUGAAAGAACUAAAAGGGCAUGUUACGGAUUUAAAGGCUUAUUUGAUGGACAAGGAAACGGAACUGCAGAGUAUUUCAGAAGAGAAUGAAACGCUGAGGUUGGAAAUCAACAAAAGCCAAAGUAAAGCUAACGAUGAGGUAGAGGCAGAAGUAGAGGCUGCAAAGUGUGCAGAGCGAGAGGCUCUCGUGAAGCUUGGCAUUGUGAUGGAAGAGGCAGACAAGAGCAGCAAGAAGGUAGCAAGAGUGGCGGAACAGCUGGAGGCAGCACAGGCAGCCAAUGCAGAAAUGGAGGCGGAACUAAGAAGGUUAAAGGUGCAGUCCAACCAGUGGAGGAAGGCAGCGGAGGCAGCUGCAACCAUGCUUUCAUCAGGAAAUAACGGCAAGCUGAUGGAGAGAACUGGAUCACUGGACAGCAGCUAUAAUCAUGUCACCAGGAAGUUUGGCUCGCCUGACUCUGAAGAUAUGGAUGAUGAUUUACUGAAGAAGAAAAAUGGGAACAUGCUGAAGAAGAUUGGGGUCUUUUGGAAAAAGCCACAGAAAUAAAAAUCCUCCUGGGCAGAAAUAUGGUUUUCGGGGUAUGGCUAAUCUGGUUUGUUUAAUUGGCAAUCUUCUUAGCUUCCAAUACUGGUGCAGUGGCUGCAUGGUUUAGGACAAGAUUUACUGUUAUGUGAGACAUGAGUGAUGGAAGGUAUAUCUGUAUGUAUUGGUUAAGUUCAAGAUUUACUGUUAUGUGAGACAACAUUUACUUGGUAAAAUAUGUGGGUUAGUUGUUGACCUGCUCUUUUCUAUC